AUGAAUAUCAAUUGUUCUGAGUGGAACUUGUCAAUUAAAGCUCUUCGAUCUGUCAUCAACUUAGAGAUUUCACGGAACUUUCACAGAAAAAAGAAAAUAGAGGGUACUGUGGUUUGCUUGAAAGGUGCUAUAUCAGUGUUGGAGCGUCACCAGAAUCAUAUUUGGCUGAAACGGUAUAAUGACGCUAGAACCCGUCCUUAUAACAAUGACUACAUUGCUAUAUUCGUCUCUUGCAUCUUGCCAGGGUCGUAA